UUAACUCCCGGGACACAUAUGUACGGAACGCAGUCAAAAUGUAUCGUAGAAAUUGACAAAUGGCCGGCUGAUAUUACAAUACGAAACGCAAAUCAAUCAGCGCAGUCAGUAAUCUAAUCAGUGUUGAAAAUGGCGUUGUUAUCGCCGUUCGUGUCGGUCGCGAUAUCAAUACUUUACACGCCGUUUUUACUUUUAAUAUUGUGUGUGAUAUUCUUGGCUUCAAUAGGUAAAUCAUUAGGUGUUCGGAGGCUCUAUGUCAACAUACUCCUGAAGCUGUUUGAGUAUGGGCGUCAACACAUCGAGGUCGCGAAGAAGGUCAGCAGGAAUGACAGCUCAGAUGACGAGGACGCGAUUCCCGCACCAGACGACAAACCACCGUCGGCUGUCGUCAAAGAAAAUGGCGUUAACGGUACGAAGAAUACUGUGAUAGAAAGAGCAGAAAUAUUAGGACCUUCGCCAGAGUUGAACUACAAGAGAAGCUCCAGCCAGGAGAGGAUGCAGAAUGGGCACAGAACGGAAACCGGGAGUAAGGAGACGAAUUUGGAUUUCCACCUGUCCCACUGCCUCGACUUGGUGAAAGCCGGAAUGGAGUCUAUAAUCGAAGACCAGGUCACCUCGGUCUUCGAAGCGGAGGAGCUGAGGAGUUGGAACUUGUUGACGAGAACCAACCGACAGUACGAGUUCCUGACUUGGAGACUCACGAUCAUCUGGAUGAUGGGUUUCGUCGUUAGAUACAUGUUUCUGCUCCCAUUGAGGAUACUGAUCUUCGUUUGCGGGGUAUUCACAAUGAUAGUCACAACGACGCUGGUCAGCACGCUACCGUCUGGUAGGGUGAGGCGUUACCUCGGCGCUGUCUCCUACAAAAUCUCCAUCCGCGUACUGAUACGAAGUCUGUCGUGCGUGAUAACGUUCCACGACCAGCAGCACAUGCCGAAAUCGAACGGCUUCUGUGUCGCCAAUCACACGAGCCCGAUCGAUGUGGCCGUCGUCAGCGUGAACACGUGCUUCUCAUUGGUCUGGUGGUUGGUACUAUGCACCGCUCUCGUUGGCUGCGUACCGGAAGGAAGCCUCAAGAAACGUCUCAAUAGGACGGUGGCAUUAAUGUGCUUCAGCUUCCUGGCCAGGAGUAUAUCGGCGGUGAUAACUUACCACGACGCGAGGCACAGGCCGGCCGAGGGCGGAAUCUGCGUAGCGAAUCACACUAGCCCCAUAGACGCUCUGGUAUUGAUGUGUGAUAACUGCUAUUCACUGAUUGGACAGAGGCACGGAGGAUUCCUCGGUCUCCUACAGAGGGCUCUCGCGCGGGCGUCCCCUCACAUUUGGUUCGAGAGGUCGGAGGUUAAAGACAGGCACGCCGUCGCGAGGAGACUAAAAGAACACAUAUCGGUCGCUGACAAUCCUCCGAUACUGAUAUUUCCCGAAGGCACCUGCAUAAAUAACACGUCGGUGAUGCAGUUCAAGAAGGGGAGCUUCGAAGUCGGCGGCACUGUCUACCCAGUGGCAAUCAAGUACGACCCUCGUUUCGGGGACGCAUUCUGGAACAGCUCUCGUUACGGGAUGCUCCACUACCUGCUGAACAUGAUGAGCUCGUGGGCGAUAGUCUGCGACGUGUGGUACCUGCCGGCGAUGUCCCGGCGCCCGGACGAGACCGCAGUCGACUUCGCGAACCGGGUCAAGUCGGUCAUAGCCAGACAGGGCGGCCUCAUCGACCUGCAAUGGGACGGACAGUUAAAGAGAACGAAAGCGAAGAAGGAGUGGAGGGAGCUCCAGCAAGAGGAGUUCAGUAAGAGGUUAAAAGUGGAAUAGGGGAUGUGGGGGGGGACGGUUGCGGUGUUGGGUCCCCCCGGGGAUCGACAUAGGGGAUCCUUCGAAUGAACUAUUCUCGUGCGGGUUGCGAAUGAAGGUGUUUUGAUGUGCUGAUCGUUUGGGGUGGGGCUCGUGUGCGCGGAGCCGGGGGUUCGAGUUUGGUUAUAGCGCGUAUCCGAAUUCUUUAAUGGCGACAUAAUUCGCACAUACGGUGCUAUGAUACUAUAUAUCGACGCUUGAAAGGCAAACGUGACUAAGCGAAAAUGCGUGAACUUUACAGUAGACUAAUUUAAAGUUGAAA